AUGGCUGCGGCCCUAGGCAUUCAGGGCAACAUUGGAAAUGCCGCCUUCAAAGAUAAAGAAAAGCCCAUGGCGGUCCGGACAGCCAACAUUAUGGCUGCCCGUGCUGUCGCCGAUGCCAUCAGAACCUCUCUCGGCCCUCGAGGUAUGGACAAAAUGAUCCAAUCAGGCAAAGGAGAAACCUUGAUCACCAAUGAUGGAAAUACCAUGUUGAAGAGUAUGAGCGUGAUGCAUCCUGCUGCAAAGAUGCUCGUCGAUUUGAGUGCUGCUCAGGAUGUAGAGGCUGGUGACGGGACCACCUCUGUCGUCGUUAUUGCUGGAAGUCUCCUGGGUGCAGCAGACCGGCUGCUGAGUAAAGGCAUUCAUCCUACCAUCAUUUCCGAGUCCUUCCAACGUGCAGCAAAGGCUGCCGUUGACAUUCUACACGAUAUGUCUCAGCCAGUCUCCCUCACAGACCGCACUGCAUUACUCCAAGCCGCUUCGACAUCACUUUCAUCCAAAAUCGUUUCACAGCACUCCAGUCUACUGGGACCUAUGGCUGUCGACUCUGUUCUAAAAACAAUCGAUCCCAAGACGGCCGACAAUGUUGAUUUAAGGAACAUCCGAAUUAUCAAAAAAGUUGGAGGCACCAUUGAUGACUCGGAAUUGAUCGAAGGCUUGGUUCUCAACCAACCAGUCAUCAAGGGUUCUGGAGGACCAACUCGCAUAGAAAAGGCGCGCAUUGCCCUGAUCCAGUUCCAACUCAGUCCACCCAAACCAGAUAUGGAAAAUCAGAUUGUAGUAAAUGACUACAGACAAAUGGACAAGAUCCUGAAAGAGGAACGAACAUAUCUACUCAACAUGGUCAAGAAAAUUCAGAAGGCAAAAUGCAACGUCCUUCUGAUCCAGAAAUCCAUCCUACGAGACGCAGUCAACGAUCUAUCGCUCCACUUCUUAUCGAGAUUGAAGAUCUUGGCCAUCAAAGACAUCGAGCGUGAUGAGGUCGAGUUCUUGUGCAAGAGCACAGGUUGCAAGCCGAUCGCCAACAUCGACACCUUCACCGAAGACAAACUCGGUAGUGCAGACUUGGUCGAAGAAAUCACCUCUUCUGGUGCUAGAUACGUCAAGAUUACUGGUAUUCGAGCUGCAUCUACUCAGAACCAAACCGUCUCCAUUGUCGCACGGGGUGCCAAUACUCUCGUCUUGGAUGAGGCUGAACGUUCACUUCACGAUGCCCUUUGUGUUAUUCGCUGCCUGGUAAAGAAGAAGGCUCUCAUCGCUGGUGGCGGUGCCCCGGAAAUUGAGGUCGCUCAACAACUGGCCAAAAAGGCACGAGAGUUGACUGGCACCGAAGCCAUCUGCUGGAAAGCUUUUGCUGAUGCAAUGGAGGUAAUUCCAACGACGUUGGCAGAGAAUGCCGGUUUGAACAGUAUCAAAGUGGUGACAGAGCUGAGACAUCGACACGACCAGGGAGAAAAGAAUGCUGGAGUUAGCAUACGCAGCGGAGGUGUAAAAACCAACAUAGCUGAUGAGAAGGUACUCCAACCUUUACUGGUCAGCACCAGUGCCAUUGAGUUGGCGGCUGAAACAGUCAAGAUGAUACUACGCAUUGAUGAUAUUGCACUGUCACGAUAG